AUGAACGUUUUACUCUCGCCACAGCCGCACGUCUUACCUCACUACCACGAGAACCCUCGCCAGUCACCGCAGCGAGGUGAUUCUCCACUACACGCCAUGUCGAACCGAAAGCGAAAAGCCGACGAUGACGGUGAUGAGGCCAUGUCGACGUCUCCGUCCAUCUCCCACCGACCUCUUGCACGGCCGUCCAAAAAGGUGCGCAACAACGACGCUCUCGGCAGGUCUUUAAGGCUGCCGCGUCUCUUGGAGACCCUGGAUGCCGAUCAGCUGCGAACGGUUCUGCAGCAUAUCUGCGAGCAGCACAGGGAAAUCGGCCAGGAAGUCGAGUCCCAGGCACCUCGUCCAUCUGUGGAAUGUGCCAUCAAUGUUCUGCAGGGCUACCAAGACAGACUCAAGGCCGCGGCACCGUACGGUGAUACCAGCCCAGAGUACACCUAUCACCGAGUGAGGGAGAACUUGCUCGCGCUGCUCGACGCUCUCUCGGACUUCACUCCUCAGUUCCUCCCUCCCACCGAGAUGCAAGCUUCACUCUCUCUUCAAUUUCUAGAUGCCGCCACCAACUUCAUCCACGAGCUGCCCGAUCUGGAACUGCAAACCUACCACCACCACAAGGAGAACGCAUACGAGGAGAUCUCGAAAGCCUGGGCACUGGUCAUCAACGAGGCCUCGAAAAAGGCUGGAGGCUUUAACCUGCACUCGAGUGGCUGGGACGCCACCCUGAACCGCCACAACUCCCGCUCAGACGGGCGGUUAGCCACCGCCGUCGCAGCUAUGGGCCAGAACGUCGGGUGGAUCAAGCAGAACUCGCAAGCAGCCGAUCAAAACUCGAUUCUCAAUCAGCUCAUGUCUGGUUCUUAUGGCAGUCCCGUUCGCCGGAACUUUCAUUCGAGAUUUUCAUACUCGCCGAUCAUCCAUGAGAGCAUAAUCCCGACAUUGUCCAAGAUGCCUGCCCCAGGCCAGCAGCACCAAUCAUGGCAAAACCCAUACGAAGAGCCUAGGCCUCGUAUGUCUGUGUGGACUGCGCAAGAGAUUGCUACUAUUGCCUCGAAACUCGACAAGCAGCUCGGCCCCGAAUACAUCUCUGCCCGCGCCGGUCCUGGUGGUCAACGCGUGCAUUACUUGACCGCGGAAAAGUGCAUUACGCUCGCGAACGAGGUGUUUGGCUUCAAUGGCUGGUCAUCGAGCAUACAAAACAUCCAAGUCGACUUUGCGGACGAGAACCCUCAAACAGCACGCGUGAGCAUCGGGCUGUCAGUCAUUGUCCGCAUCACGUUGCGUGAUGGGACGUAUCACGAGGAUAUCGGCUAUGGAAGCAUCGAGAAUGCCAAGGGAAAAGCCAUGGCCUUCGAAAAAGCAAAAAAGGAGGGCACAACAGACGGGCUCAAACGUGCACUACGAAGUUUCGGGAAUGUUCUGGGGAACUGCAUCUACGACCAAGACUAUGUGAAGCAGGUGAUCAAGCACAAGGCACAGCCCGUGAAGAAGUUCGAUCCCAACAAUCUUCAUCGGCACUCGGACUUCAAGGAGGAUGUGAAGGUGGAAGAGCCAGCAAAAGCGCCUGCGGCGCCAGCACCAGAGAUACCGCCCCUUCAAGCUCGGCCCAAGAUGGAGGCGUCGGAGUCGUUCGAGGAUUUUCUUGGAGGUAUGCUGUCCUCAGAUGGCUUUGAAGAGCUGUAG